UGUGAUAAUCAAGCCUUUUGUUUAUUCCCUGUAAUUGAAAAUCAUUCUAAUGUUUCUCUUAUCUUACCCCACGAGAUGUAAAAAAGAAUAAACUCAAAACAAGAAGAGAAACCAUUUCUUCCAAAGAGUGCUGCGUGAUCAGGAUAUUAAUUGUGUCACACUAAAAACUGGAUUUCAAAAGGGAGGAGGGGAGAAAAUUUUAAGGAGGAACGUUUAUUAUAAAAAGCUUGAAACAUGGAAAAUUGCGAAUCUUAUGGUAGUAUACAGGACAGUACAAUUAUCAGCAAAUCCGAAAUUGACAUUACAAAACCAAUUUUAGAGAAGAAAAAAGGUUUAUCACUAUGUUUGGCAUCUGUUUUCAUAGUCGGUGAAAUGGCCGGAAGCGGAGUACUUGCAUUGCCAAGAGCAGUUGCGGAUGCUGGUUGGAGUGGAAUAUUUCUCAUCAUAUUUUGUUGUGCUAUAUCACUAUACGCGGGAAUCUGCUUAGGAAGGAGUUGGUCUAUUUUAGAAGAAAGAUAUGAAGAAUAUGCGGUUAAGAAUAGGCAUCCCUAUGCAGCAAUUGCCUACAGAGCCGUAGGGCUUAAAAUGAGUUACUUUGUGUCAUUCUGUAUAGAUGUCAAUCUUCUUGGUGUUGGAAUCGUUUUCCUCCUUUUGUCAGCCCAACUCAUAAGCAGCCUCGCCUCCAAUUGGGGCAUAUCAUUCUGUUACUGGGUCUUGAUAUUGGGUGCUAUCUUAUGUCCUCUCAUGUGGCUCGGAACACCUGAAGACUUUUGGCCAGCAGCGAUUGUUGCUCUCGGCACUACACUCACUGCAUGCGUCCUUCUAAUCAUCAUGAUAUCCAAAGAGUCUGUGAGUGCUCCUCUCCCGGAGUACAAACCCCCGACAAUUCUCUCGUUCUUCCUCUCUUAUGGCACCAUUUUAUUUGCCUUUGGUGGAGCUGCUUCCUUUCCCACAUUCCAGAAUGAUAUGAAGAACAAACACAAGUUUCCGACAGCUGUAUCCAUUGGAUUUAUAGCUUUAGUGCUCAUGUAUUUGCCUGUUGCUUCACUUGGCUACCACGUCUACGGAAGUUCUUUAUCUGACAACGUCAUUCAGUCUCUUCCCAGAUCUGUCUUCAAAACAAUAGUUGAAGUAUUAUUAGCAUUGCACGUCUUCUUCGCUUUUCUUUUAGUCUGCAAUGCGCCUGCUCAAGAUUUCGAAGAGUUCCUGAACAUUCCAAAGAACUUUGGAUGGAAAAGAAUUGCUCUUCGAACAACAAUGAUGAUUGGUAUUCUAUUUGUUGGUCAAACUAUCCCAAGGUUUGGAAAGGUUUUGAAUUUGGUUGGGGGAUCCUUUACAGCAUUGACCUCAACCGUACUUCCCUGUUUCCUUUAUUACCGACUUUGCUCUCAGAUGGAUCCAGCAUGGCCAAUCAGGAAUAUUUCCACUCUUGAAAAAUGCGUUUUGAUCAUUAUCAUUGCGAGUGGUGUCGUAGGCGGCGCCUUGUCAACUUACUCUGCUUUGGAUGACAUUAUACAACCAGAUACUUUCAAGCCACCUUGUUACAUAAAUGUUACAGGCGCUGCUGAAUUGUAAAUCAUAUGUGUUUAUUUAUAUUUAUUAAAGUUGUGUAUUUUUUUA